AUUGGGUGGCAAAAUGGCAACGCCGAGUCAACCGGAGCUGCUGGAGCUGCGUACCCAACUGGAUUCAUCCGCCCAUCCAUGUCACCCUACGCCGCGCCGAUUCUCUUCAUCCCAAGAAAGCAUGGAGGGCUUCGAAUGUGUACUGACUACCGAGCGCUCAACAACAUCACCAUCAAGUCGCGUUAACCAAUUCCACGAGCCGACGAUCUCAUCGUCCAACUUCGCGGGGCCAUGAUUUUCUCCAAGAUUGAUUUG